GAAGCGACUCGAGAGUUCAGUUCAGUGCACACAGCGCGUCAGUCAAUACCAGCGGGCGCUGCUGAUAUCCCUGGACUUGGAGGGGGCCUGCUGAUCUCCAACUUGUGGUUGUGGUUCGGUUGUUAGCACCCGCCAGAACGGCCAGUGUGUUUACGUGCGUGUCCGAGGACUAUCGCAUCCCAUCACCCGCAAGUAACCAGUGCCUGUGUGUGCCUGUGUUUGUUUGUCUGUGUUCGUGUUGCGGCUGUGAUUUGAAGCUUGAAGCGAACUGCACAUUACAUUCUAAACCUAAUCGAAUCAGUCGAGCAUCGUCUGACAUUGUUGGCGACGGUAAAUCAACCCAAAAAUACACUCCGCCGGCAAAGACUUCCCGUAGUUAAGCCGGACUAUUCCGACAAGAAACAGCAGUCGUAGAAGCAGCAGCAGCAGCAGAAGCAGCGAAGGGACACCCAACAGUCACCGUGCCAGCCCGACGGUAGCUUCACCUGCCAGCCAACACGGCGCCCAGUGAUAGAUAGUAGUUAGUGAAAAGCAACAGCGCUUUAGAGAAAAAUGAAUUUUCUCGGAGCUGCUGGAGGCGCUGUUGGAGGUGACGGAGGCGACGAUGAGAACGACAAAGAGAAGGAAGAGGAGGCAGAGCGCGAACGCCAGGAGGCGAUCCGCGAGGCCGAGGAGCGACGCAAGGAGAAGCACCGCAAGAUGGAGGAGGAGCGGGAGAAGAUGCGACAGGAAAUCCGAGACAAAUAUAACAUAAAGAAAAAGGAGGAAAUUGUCGAACAGGCACCCCAGGAGGAACCAAAUCCACUGAUGCGGAAGAAGAAAACGCCCGAAGAGCUUGCGGCCGAAGCGGAACAGGAGGAUCUAGACGACUUCACGAAGUUGAAAAACUCCAUAGAGACGCAGGUGAACGAGAUCAAGACGCAAAUCGAAGGCAAAUGCUCCUUGCAGUGAUUGUGCAACGUGCCGCGCGUGCUCUACCAACCAAGUAUUCAGUAAUAUUUGAAGACGACGACAACCGUCACACAACACAACACCUACACACCAUAAACACAACGCGUACAGCGUGUGGAGCGAUAUAGCAAUACUUCCAUCCCGCCCAACACGAUACCACCAUACCAUUCCCAUUGCAAUGGCGCUGCAGCGAUAGUCCGGUGCACCACACUGGACUGAAGAGGUAGUGAUCGCCGUAACGAACGCAAUCAUUAUCCAACAAAUGCGUUAGAAGGCCGUAAGAGUGUGUCCAGCGAAGUCACACCAGUGUGUGUGUGUGUGUCUCUGCGGAACGGCGGAUAGACAGUCAACAUCAGCGUGCCGCUCUUGGUCGCCAGCUUAAUUCGCAAUGUAAAGGGAAACUGUAUGCCACCUUCAACUAGCAUCACGCACUAACACCUGAACCUGCGUAACCGACGGAAGGCCAACAAUCUUCCGCCUACACACACACAUACACACACCAACAAGGAACAACUCAACCACACUGACACGAACUUCAAUGUCGAACGGGCAACGGACGACGGACGGUAAUGGUUGGCUUUCGGGAUGGGCGCGUACAUUCCACCAAGAAGUCGUUGUGAGUAGUAUCCCAGUAUGCAAACGGGAAGAAGAGGAAAUGAUAAGUAAUGAAAAAAAAUAUUCCAAAAAAUUGUUAAAAAUAUUAGGAGCUCUUUGCGAAACAAGGACGAAAACAAGAGAGAAAAAAACAACCCACUUAGCGAAGUAAAUGAAACAAACAAACAGAAAAAUAAGUAAAUUAGUAGUGCAGUAUAAAGAAAACAAGUAUUGUAAUGAGUACGAAACAUUAACAACACAAAAAACCAGAAAAAAAGACAAACAAAAAAUUAAACUUACAUCAGGCAACCAAUAAGCAAAAAUUGUGAUUAAUCUCCCCCUGAACAAGAACACAUACAUAAACACACACACACACACACACACACACACACACACAUACAAAUGCUAAAGAAAAUGGCAAAAGCAAAUAAACCCAGUAGCAAAUAGCUACACUCUGUUUCACCUUUUCCGAUACUUUGCAAAUAAACAAAAACUCUUUUCAUCAUCCUCUUUCCCUGUUUCCUCAUACAUUAAACCAAAGACUUACUCAACCACACUCACACACACACACUGUAGUAUGAAACAUGUAAAGGUUUAUGUUUGUAGGGAAAAUUGCAUUACUGCAUCAUGAGCAUCGUAUUUAGCGAAAUCUGUUACGUUUAAUCACUGUUUUCCGCUUUCCGCACGUUCGGAACCGAAGCGUUGUUGUUAGCCGUGUUUUAUUUUUGUUGAUAAUUCUUGAUCAAAACAAGGGACUCUCUCCUUGCAGCUCCUAUGCACAUGGAGAGUUGUCUGCUUCAGAUGAAGAGGAAGAAAAGAAUAAUCAGAAGCAGAUGUGAAAACUGCAUCGAUCGGUUUCAGUGCGUUACACGGGCUGGGGUUCGGACGGAUCCGGAUCCGACGUUGUGGAACGCUUUUCCAUUGUUUCCGGUGUUAUCGAAUCUGAACACUUGCUGAUGUGUGUGUGUGUUCCUGCUUUCUCUUGAGUGUGCUCGCAUGUAUGCGUGUGUGUGUGUGUUGUUCUAUUGCCAAAAGGCAUUCAAAAAUACCACACCAUACACAUGUGUCCCAAACUAACUUCAAUGUAACUGUUCGCCCCACUCAUUUUAUUCUAAAAACAAAAUCUCUCUAUCUCUCAAUCUCUCUCUCCAACGUACACACACACACUUUUACUAUCGGUCUGUCUUGCUGUCCUUUUAACCGUAAUCACGUGGUAAAUGUUUGUGAUAGAGUUCCAAAGUGAUAAUUAACAAAAAAAAGAAGCAAAAACAGAAAAGUGCAAAACGUUUGGUAACGAAAGGCAAAGCAAUGAUAGUGUGUGGUACACACACCAUGGCAGCUUCCCUUCUCAUUUGGAUGCUUGCAAAACUGUGUGUGUGUGUGUGUGUGCGCAAAAACGCAUUGAAAAAAUUCCUUUUAUGCUGUUUAAUAGGAAGAAAGGGAAUACAUAUUGGAAACAAAGCUUCUCCCCCCUCCGUCUGACGUCGGUAGAGGGAGAACCGUUAAGCAGCAUCACCUACGGAACAGUUGAUAGCUCCCUCAUUAUGUGUGCGUACGUGAUGGUUUACUUGUUGUGCCCGCGGACAGCACACUUCGUGUUAGUAAAUGCAAUGCAAAACAAAACCAACAAAAAAAAUUGCAUAUUUUUCGCGUUACCUUUUUUGAUCGUUAGCCCAGUUUAUUGAAAAGCGUUAAGAAUGUAAUGAAAAGCAAAUAAAUACAUAACUAAACAUAAUAAUGAGAUUGCAAACAAACAUGUUUUAACUUUAGCGACAUAAAAACAAAGCAUCAGAAGCAGCGGCAGCAAGUACUUAAGCACUUUAUCAAUGAAGUAAUCAUACAAAAGAGCGAGAGAAAGGAGAAAGAAAGAACCCAUUAAAACACGCAAACAGAUACACAGACAAACACACCAUUCCAAAACCAUCGUUGACAAAUGCAGACAAUUUACUCACAUUCGUGUGAACAGAAAAAGGAAAGUUGAAACACACCUUCAAGAGCCACACGUUACAGCACAGACACACUCGUGUGCUCGGGGUGGACGUAGCACGAACAAGGCGAGAAUGAGAAAAAAGCAUAAUAAACAUGUAAAACAUCUAGAAGCAGAAACGAACACAACGUCAUUGGCAGUAGUGAAUGCAAGUGUGAAGUAAAAUGUAUAUUUAGAUUGAAGCAUAUACCAUAGAUAAACGAAACAGAAAACACACAAACACACAAAACACGACAACAACAGCAAAUAGAAGGGAGUAAAGCAAAGCAAAACCGAACGAGAAACUUUAGCAUUAUUGUUAUAUACAUAAUUAUUGCUUGAAAUUCGUUGAAAGUUAAAAUACGAAACAAUUAGCAAAAAAAAUGGAUGAAAUCAUCAACAAAAAUGUAAAACCAAAGUUUCAAAGCUAGAACAGCCCCGGAAGAAAAUGAAAACGAUAUGAAAAUCAUCGAAAAAGAGCACCAACUGCUCUGAUCUCUCAAACGCAUACACACAUACAGGUUCACUAGAAGAAAAGAAAACCGAGUGGCGUCUAUGGAAAAAGGUGCAAGCGGUUGGGAAGUUAAAAGUAAAAACUGUCAGAAACAGCUGGAAUACACCAGGACGACGAUACAAUUCGUGAUGGAUCGUAUGAUGGUGGACGUCGAAGGAUCUUGUUUGCUCAUACUCGUAACUGGCACGAAACAACACGAAACCCGUUGAGCUCACUAGCCACCCACCGCCAUGCAGGAGGAGUAGAAUAAUAUUGAAACAGGAAAUCGGGUGAAAAUAUAGCGCUCAUCAUCAUGCUAAUGUUCGAAUAAACUUCCCGUUUUUUUUUCGUUUUUUUCUUUGUUAUGUUGAAUGGUCGACAAAGAGAUUGGAUGCAGGGUUUUUUGUUUUGUUUUUGGUAGGAUGUUAGUGUAUGUUGUGUAUGUUACAGGCACCUAUAAAGAAGGGCACCUGUUGGGCUCUUUUUUCAAUGUUCACUCAUGUGUCACUAUCUACUCGCCUAAUGUUCUGUUUCACCUUUAUGUGCCGUGUUUUGCUAUUGCUGUCGUAUGUCACUGUGUUUAUCUGUGUUCCAUCAUCGUCAUGUCUGUCGUGUGUAUUGCUUCUCUGUUUAUACAUUUUUGCUUACUUUCUUCUCUAUUCUUUCCCCCUUGAUGAUGAUCGAUCGUGGAUACCGAUCAUUACCCACAAACACACACACAUCCAAAACAAACAAACAAACAAACACAAAAAAACAUCGAAUUGCAGCAUCUUCAAGUGCACUUCCGAAAAGAGCGAUAGUAGUAAAAAAUACCCCCGAAAGAAAGAAAAAGCUAAAGUAAAGCUUAGAAGAACUUACAAAUUGAAGCGAGUGAUAAUUGCAUAGCUGGAAGAUGGUUGUUCUCGAAGCCACUUCUCCUAUCGAUCAAUCGAUCAGCUCAUUGUUUAUUCAGUGUGUAUCUGUGUGUAUCUGUGAGUGUAAUCUUCCCUUCCCGCACUGUGCAACAACAAAUGAUUACGCACGCUCGACUAUUUUUCGAUGUGUGUGAAAUGUUUCACAAAUAGUAUACAUGGUCUUGAAAUAUUUCAACUGCUCUUUACUUCAAGAUGGCGGCAAACUGCUCGCCUGCUUGGUGCUGCAAUUCAAAUUCAGCAAUAACUUGGCUUGGCUUGCCUACUUCUGUGUACGUGUGUUCUCCUUCCCUGCUCUCCGUCUGCUCACGUAAGCACACUCACACACACACACAUAAACACACAUGCACUUACACUUACAUACGCAUACUAGCACACGUUGGUGCAAUUGAUGUCAUGUUGAUUGUUUUAGGUUUUUUGUUCGUUCAUAUAUAGUUAAAUACGAUCAAUGUGUAAAAGAGCAAUAAUAUAUUACAAUCGAUAUAAUCGGGUUUCCUGCGAAAGGGAAACAUAAUAUAAUGUUACGUUAAAAUAUGAAACAGGAAAAUAGAAGUAAAAAAUACAUGGAAUCCCAUCAAACACACGGGCGCUACCAAACAUGCAAACACAUACACGUGCACAAUAACAGAAUAAAAAACGGUGACACAUUGAAGGGACGCAUUGAAAGUGGAAUUUACUAUUACUCUCAUUCUAUCUGGUUUAUUUUUCCCCUAUAUGCUUCUGUUCAUCCUGUUCCCUGCAUUUCCAUCCUUUUCUUAUAUCUGCAUCCAUCGCUUUACUUAUUGAUCGUCCUGUAUGUGUGUGUGUAUGUGUGAGCGUGUGCCUGUCUGUGUAUGUGCUAGUAGCGAAUGUAUAUUAUAAACAAAAACGAAACAAACAUAGACGUUGCAAAAAAUAAGACACAAAUUUAAAUGAAACGAAACCAACCCGUUGCAUCAACUCACUGUAACUGCUGCUUAAUAAAAACGGAACAAAAUAACUACAGUAAACAAAUCACAAACCACAUCUCUACAUCAACAAAGCGUAAAUGUUCACACAUUUACACAAACGUUGCACACACUACACACCGGAUAAAGCAAUACUUGGCAAGAGCUAAUACUAAUAAUCAUGGUAACAAGUGUACCAGCAUACCUUUCCAAACAUUCACACCAUCCGAACGCGAUCAGUCUCUAAACAUACGCGCCACCACAUACAUCCACACACACAUUUCCACAUACACUGAAACGCAGUCAAUCGUGUGCGAAAAGCGUAUUUAUCUUUCUCUCUAUCUCACUCUUUAACUCACAUUUAUCUAGCUUAAGUGGAAGAAAACCAAACAAAGGAUUGAAAGAAAGAAACUAUAAGAAAAAAACUAGUGGAAAAGCAAUGUAGUAAAGUAAAUAGAAAAUGCAGUAGAAAAAAAAACAAAAAGGCACGGGAGGAUGUAACGGCUGAAAAUAAUGGCAUAAUUUGUACUUGACAUUUAUCAAUCGAAUAAGCUACAUUAUUGUACAUUCAUUAUUGGUAUCUUUGGUCCUUACUUACCCAAAUUUUGUUUUUGGUGAAAUGGUUGAGGUUAUAGUUUACGUUGAUUAUGAUUACUUAGCUACUAAGCUAUUUAUCAUAAUUCAUCAUUGAAUUACAUUUUAACGCAAUCUAUUACAAUACUAUUCAUAUUGUUCAAUAUCUUAUUCAAUUUAAAAAGAGUCAGUUCAAAAUUUAGCACCCCUUUUUGAAAAAAGAGAGCUUUUGUUAGUAUGAUUCAAAAGGAAUGCAAGUUUAUAGUUUUUCCCCAACUAUUUCCUUCUACACGCUGCUUCAACAACCUCCCCUGAAAUAUAGAAGAAACAAAACUAUAUAAAUAUACAUAACCAUAUACAUAUAUACUACAUAUAUGAUCAUGUUUAAAACCCACUACUAUUAAAACAAAACACACUCACAAACACCCAUCAUCAGAGUACAGUAAGUACGCCAAUCAGCUCAUGUGUGAAUGUGUCUGUGUGUGGGUGUGUAGUCAUGCUUUAAUCCCAGUAGGCUCCUCACUCACGCGACACUCUCACGUCUACCGCUGCAUAAACAAACAUAAGCACUACACGACUAAACCAUUUCAAUCCUGGCAUUUGCUUCCAGAUUCCCUAACACGAACACACGAUAGACACAGCAAAG